CUUAUACUGAAAAGAAUAAAAAACAUUACUACAUAUUAGGCAUAUGUAUUUGGUUUUUAACGAAAAUAGUUUUUGACAUAAAGUAUUUUAUUAAAUGACUGAUAUGUAAGUAUAUACAUUUAUGUAUGAGUAGGUGUAUUGUAUUUAUGUAUGUACAUAGAGAAUUAUGCUUGCUUCUAACUGUUUCGUUUGCAUUAAACGGCAUUCGUUGUAAAUUAAUUUUGUAGUAUUCUAAUUAUUUCUGUUGUUCAUGCUUUAAAAAGAUUACUUUGUUCUAUAUAGAAAUUGGCAAUGGUCUAUUAAAUGGCAGGUCAACAUAUCAAACACACGUGAUGAUGAUAUUGCAAUCACAUUUUCAAAUGCAUCUUUGUUUCAUUUUCUGACGCCUGUUCCUUUCAGCUGUUUCUGGCAGUAUCCGUUUGUUUGGCUGUCAAAACAAAACUUCCACUCCCUUUGCUGGUCGCACAAAAUACCGAGAAACAGAGUUGUAUUUUUUUUCUCAAACAAGCAAAAAGCUUAGCGUUGAUUGAAAUUUGUACUAUCCUGGAUAACCAUUUUAUUAUUUAUAAUCAACGAUAACUUUAUGGACGAUUUAAAAUAUAUAUUGCUAUUUACUAUUAUUUUCUUUUUCCACACAUUUUUAAGUUUAAACCAAUAACCGUCUGUGACUUGUGAGCUCAUUUAUAUAUGUAUAUAUUUUUUUUGUUGCAGUGUUGCCGAUUAGGUUAACUGUCAAGUAUGACAGCUAAUACCAAAGGUUCGCUCCAUUUUCCUGCUACGCUACGCGACAGAAAUGAAACGAACGACAGACCGAAUGUGAAUCGCCAGCCUGGUUAGCUGAGUUGUAGCAUAGUACAAAAUGGCCACAACACUCCGGCGAUGGCUGUGUCGUUCGUCGUUCGUUGCUCGUUGUGUGUCGUACGUGCGCUCGCUCGCUCUUCACUUUAAUUAAUAUUUAACAAUAUAUUUUAAUUAAUUGAACAAGAGACUCCAAUUCAAAUAAAACAAAACAAAAAUUAAGAAAGUGUUAAAAACACGUUCAUUUUAAAACGUUAACCGUUAUUAAAACAACAAGAACAACACAGCAAAUGCAUAAUCGGAGUUACAAAAAUACUUUUAUGUAAAUACAUUUCGCUUUCUUUUUUUUAAAUUUUAUGCGAUUCCAACGGGAAUACGAUUUUCAGAUUUUCACCAAAGCAAAGACACUGCACCAAAUCACGGAGAAAAAGGACGGUUGAACCGUUUUUCCUAAUUACGUAUAAAAUAUAUGAAUACAUAUAUGUAUACUUAUAUGACUAAUCAAAAACGGUGUUGUUUGAAAAUAUUUAUUAUGACUUUUCCAUGGAACUGGGAAAUGUAACAAUACAAAAAGAAAAAUAGCAAAAAGGUGUGUAUCGUUGGAGUCUGGCAUAUAAUUCAUCGAAAAGUCCCACACCCAACGUUUCAUUGUGGCAGCGCAACAACCACAGGGAAAGCUGAAAGCGAUGACCAAGCGAAUACAUGCAACCUUACCAAUAAUUUGUUAAAUAAAAGAUUUAAAAAGAGACUGCAAAAAGGAACAACAAAUAUAGAAAAUACUAACAUUUGAGACAUCAACAACAAAAGGAGAAAGAAAGGAAGACUUAAUUUUUCUAGUAUUUGGAACAAAUUGCACUGAACUGUAAGAUUUACUUCGAAAACAAAACAAAAAAUCACAGGAAACGCCACAACUUUUUCGUUGCACACUCUUGAGCAAGUGGCAAGUAAACAAAGCAAACAUAAAAUACUUCAUAGCAACUUUUUUGUUUUCGCAUAGAAUAACGACAUAAUAAAGUUUCGAAAACUGUUACAGACAUAUUAAAAUAACACUGACAUAUGUACAUAAAUAAAUUGAUAAGACCAGCAAGCUGAAAUUCAGCCUUCAAGCAUAUCAAUCCAACAAGCGCUGUAUACUGUACAUAAUUUGAUUUGAGCAAAAGGAAUCAUUAAAGUGACCUAGUCUAGCCUCUACGCGUUGAAACAAUAAGCAUAGAUAAACAAAAAAUACUCUUACUCAAAAAAAGAAAGAAAACAAACGAAGAAUCUAUUCACUAGUUUGACUGGGCAAAUGUAUAUCACUAACAGCAGCAACAUUGGUAUGGCCACGUUGCUGCAACAGAACAAGGCUACUUGUAUGAAGACCCUUAUCAAUGGUGGCGGCAACGGCAGUAGCAAUGGCAAUAACGGAAACAGCGUCAGCAACUCUGGAAUAGUUGUUGGUAGUAUUGUAAGUGGCGUAGGUGCGGGAACAUCACAAGUGGGAAGCGGAACGGUUGCAACCGUUGUUGGAGCCGGUGGUGCUACAAAUAUUGCCGGUCUGGGCAGUGGUGGUGUGGGUGGUAAUUUAGUCUUGUCCAGUGGGCAGGCUAUUGUUCUAACAAAUGGAGCAACCGGUGCUAGUAGUAUAAUCAACUAUCAACAAUAUCAACAGUUGUUGCAACAACAACAACAACAGCAGCAACAACAUAUAAACUCCAACGUUGCUACCACAACUGCAGCAUCCGGUACACGAGUAUUAAUGCCUCACGAAAUGGUGACACUUCCUAUUAGUAGUAUUGUAACAACUAGUGGUGGCGGCUUAGCCCUGAUAACCAGUGCAAAUACGGGUGGAGGAAACGCCACGGCCACACAAGGGCACUUCUUGGUUGCGGCAACAGCAAGUCCUACGGUGCAACCUAUUCACACAACUACGAUGGGCUCCACUAACGCUAAUAUUAGCAGUUUUCAGCAGCAAUUUCAACAACAAAUCGCCGCACAGCAUUCAACUGCAAGUAAUGUGGUAUCCUCUGCUACGACUAACCGUACAACUACUGUUUACACUCAGCAACCAGCAACUACAGGCGUAGUACAAACAGUGCCUACGACACGUUACUUUUCGCAAUUUAGUAAUCAACAACAACCUACAUCUAGUAUUACGACUGGAGCUGCCACGCCAACAAUUGUAGCCGCGAAAGCUACGGGCAAUCGUACCAUCAUUAUUAAUCGCUCCAAUAAUACUAUAAUUGCUGGUAAUACAACACAACGUUUGCAACAUGCCAAAAUCUUAAAUAAACCACCGACCAAUAUUGCAGCGACGCCAUCAUCUGUUAUAACGAAUGCUGUGCUCGGCAAUAAGUCACAAAUUAAUUCUCAUUCUCCUGCCAUUCAAGCUGUGAAGUUGCAACAACAACCGCAACGACAAAAUCUUACGGCCUUACAACAAAUUAAACAACAACAAUUGCUGCAACAGCAAAAAAUACAACUAGUGAAGCCAAUCGUACACAGUAGCAGUUCGGUGACAACAAUUGCUACAAAAACAACAACAGUAGUAACCAAUACGGCUGCAUCCUCGCGCAACACACCGAGUGGGACAAUGGUGAAUGGUGGCAUAAAUUCAGUUCCUAACAACAAUAGUAUAGCUAGCAACAACAGUAAUACGAGUGGAAAUGUUGCAAGUGCCACAACGCCAGCAUUGGCUGCCAAAGCCUUACCCACGGCGGCUGUAUUUCCACAACAACAGCAACAACAACAACAGUUGCAGUUACAAAAUCAUCAACAACAACAGCAGCAACUUAAACAACAACAAAACCAAAACCAAAGUCAACAACUUCAAUCUCAGCAACUUGGACAAGCGCAAGAGCAUAAACAAAUAGUUGCACACUCACGCACCAUACCCGCCACAUCUCACAAUUCAACACCUGUUGCAAUUAACAAAACUACAAAUUCAGUUGCUGCAGCCACUCCAGAAGGCUCUGCUGGUGCAGAAGCCUCCAAUACUGAACCCGAGGUCGAGCCAGAGAUCGACAUCGUUAUUAAUAAUGUUGUCUGUUCGUUCAGUGUACGUUGCCAUUUAAAUUUGCGCGAUAUCGCACUCAAGGGCUUCAAUGUGGAGUAUCGUCGGGAAAACGGUAUGGUGACUAUGAAACUGCGCCGGCCUUAUACGACUGCGUCAAUCUGGUCAUCGGGCCGAAUUACAUGUACGGGAGCUACAUCUGAGGAACAGGCAAAAAUUGCGGCACGUCGUUAUUCACGCUGUCUUGAAAAACUCGGAUUUCGUGUGCGUUUUCAAAAUUUCCGAGUUGUUAAUGUGCUCGGCACAUGCAGCAUGCCAUGGGCUAUUAAGAUUUUAAAUUUCUCAGAAAGAUACAAGAAAGAAGCCUGUUACGAGCCAGAGUUACAUCCCGGUGUCACAUAUAAGCUGCGUUAUCCAAAGGCCACUUUGAAAAUAUUCUCCACCGGCAGUAUAACUGUGACUGCUGCCAGUGUUGCUAAUGUACAGGCUGCCAUAGAACAUAUAUUCCCGUUAGUUUAUGAGUUUCGUAAGAAACGUUCACCCGAGGAACUUGAACAAUUACGCAUUAAGCAACAACGGGCCGCUUCAGUAGAUGUAACGGAACUCGAUGAGGUGCUAAACCAUGAUGUUGUCGUUGAAACGGACACAACCACUGUGCCAACAUUACAGCGCCGACGUAUUAGCAAUAGCGCACUCAAUAAUUUUAAACAAAAGCGCCGAAGAAUCGGCAGUGAUAUUGACUUUGAUGGCGGCGAUGGUUCGCUGGUAGCAGCUGAAGAAAUCGACGAUCCCGCAGCAAAGGAAACCGACGAUAAUAUUGUGAUGUACGAUCCGGAUGAUUUAAUUGAAGGACCAGACGAGGAAGAUGAUCUUUAAAUGUCAAAUGUGAUUUGGGCAUUUUGGUAGAGGAGAUUUGUGUACAGCACAUUCAUGAAUGUUUGAUUACGUAUUAUGGUUUCACAACAAAUUUCUAUACAAAUACAGAUAUAACAAAACAAAGAGAACAAAAAGAAGUUUAUUACAAAUUGCCAAUAUGUAAUGCAAAGCGAAUUUUAAGCAUUAAAACAAACAGCAAUGUUAUAUAGAACAUAUAUAGUAUAUAUAUAAAAAUGAAUGACAGGAAAGCAAUUUCAUUGAUUUAUUGAUGACAACACACUCAAACUACAUAUUACAAAAAAUAAAUAUUUCAACACAUCAUAAACCAAAACAAAUCAACUUAGUUCUAAUCAAACAAAUAAAGUUUGGCGUUAAACAAAAAAUUAAUGCAUAAUUUCUUAAUUUUCUGUGCACGCGCAACUAUAUAUAUAUACAUGUGUGUGUGUGCGCAUAUUUUAAGAAGCGUGUAUAAUCAAUGCCAACACCAUCAUGUAUACAUGGAUAUUUGUAAAUUUGUACACUCCAAAUGUCGGUGCUGAGGUUUCGAGUUCAAAACGAUAAUGAGCACACAAGCAAUGCAAAUGUUGAGAGGAGUGUGCGAACUGCGAUCUACUAUGGGAAUUGUGAGCCAAAUAACUACAACUAUUUAUAAGGUAUUUUUAACUUCCAGUGUGCUUUGUUUAGCUACGUCGUCGUUGUUUGCAGCAUUGCUAACUUGCAACAGUUCAAGGCAAAAAACGGAGCAACAUUUAAAUUAAAUGACUGGCUCGAGUGAAUGCGGCGAAAACAACUAAACCACACGAACAAAUCAAUAUUUGUUAGUUUACAAACAUAUUUGUAGCGUUUUACUAAGCAUACUAAUUUCAUUCGUACUCGUAUGCCAACUUACAUUUGGCUGAAAAUUUAGUUUUAAGAUUACGCUGAUUAGCUAAGAUUAGUUUAAAAAAUAAAAUACAUUGUAAGUACUAUUAGCACUAUUACAUACAUACAUAUGUGGAUGUAUGUAUGCAUAUUGCGUUUAUAAGUGAAAGCAAACCACCGCAAAAGCAUAAACAAUUAAACAAUUUAUUUAAACACACUCUGAAGAAUGUUAAAUUCUAGCAUAAUUUAUUAAAACACUUUAUUAACUAAUGGUUUAGCAUGAAUUCAUUCAUUCAUUCAUUGCGUUUUUACAUGUUAAAUUAUGCAUUGAGCAUAAUGAAAUUUAGUGAUUUAUUUAAUGAAUGAACAAUGUAAAAUAACCAGCAUUUUAUUUAUUAGAAACGAUUUGAGUUGCUCUUAAUUAUAUUAAUUAAUUCAAUUAUUUUGAAGCAUCAAUUAAAAUGAAAGAAUGCUUGGAGGUGAAGAUUUUAUUUAUAUAUUUAUAUAUGUAUAUAUAUAUAUAAUUAUAUAUAACAGUAUAUGUAUUUAAUUUAAUCAUAUCAUUUAUAUACCAACCAUUAUUACUUUCAUGAGUGGCAAUCAAAGACAGUAAAUACUGUUAUGCUAACAGCCAAUAGCCGCCAGGCAUAACUAACAAUAACAAAAAAACAAAAAACAAACAACUAUUUAAAUAAGACAUGUGUAAUUUAUAUAAACAAACGAUAAAAUCAAAAUGCAAUCAUAUUGUUUGCGUAAGAACGUAAUUAAUUCAUUAAGUGUUCUUCUAGACGGUACACUAAUUUAUAUAUAUAUACAAGUAUAUAUAUAUUAAAAAGAAAACGAGUAUAUCUUCACUUAUCUGGUCACACUCAAACCAAUUACCUACAAACAAACAAACAAAAUAUAAUAGACAAACUCAAAGCAUAUAUUGUAUUUGUUAUAUUUAUACUAAGCACACACACAUAAUCACUAAACAAAUUAAACUUAAGUUAAGUAAGUAAAUUAAUUUUCAACAUUAUGCAACUUUGAAAAAUCUGCAAAUGAAACGCCAACGGCUAGUACUAAAUGCUUGUACGCUGCUGACAUUUCUGCUUGUCAAACAAGCAACUUUAAUUAAUGCAAAAAAGUCAGUUAAAAAUCGGUUAAACGUUGACUUAGCUGUGCUUACUUUGAAGUCGAUGUCAUUUCGACUAAGCUUAAAGCUGUUCAAGCCUACGAGUUUCAUUUAUCAAAUAAAUAAAGCCAAAACUCAAAAUUCAAGCGUUUAUUUGCAUAUAAAAUGCACUUUUGCUGCCAGUAAAUUGUUGACAGUUUGUUGCAUAUUUUGCACAUACAUACAUACAUACAUGUCUACAGCUAUAUAUUCCGCGUAAUUAUUGUGUCAAGUAUAUAAAUAUGCUGGUGCGCUUGUGUUACACGCGUGUGAGCGUCGUCUCAUGGCACAUGCUAGCUAUUUAUGCCUUGUCACUAAUCAAAUACCAAUGGCGCAUUAUAAAUUAAACAAAUUGUGAGCAAAAUACAUUUGUUAUGUUUUUGUUCCUCUUCAUUUAAAUUAUUUAAGUGUUUAUGGCAUGCGCACAUUUGCAUAAUCCAAUAAAAGUAAUUAGUUAAUUGAGAAAUGUAUUAGCAGGAAAUAAAAGCAAUCCUUUUUUUUGUUUUGUUUUUGUUUUGUUUUUGUUUUUGAACGUUAGUAAUAUAUAUUAUUGUAUAUGUAUGUAUUAAAUUUUGUUUAUUAAAUGCAAAACUAUCAAAACAAUAUAACACAUAAACUUAUGUACUUUGAAUUAUCACUAUUAUUUAGACAUACUAUGAGCAAUGAAAUAUUUUCGCGUAAAUUCAAAAAAGUUUAGGCAUUUUGAAUCUUCGUUAAAUUACAAAAAAGAAAUCAAAACAAAAAACUAUAAUAAUUGCAAUAUGUGUGUAUAUAUGUAAAUGUAUGCAUAUAAAAUGUAAAACUAAAAAACCAAAAAAAACUAUCACAAUCAUAUACAAACACACACAUAUACACUCUUACACAUACAUACUAACAACCUAUACAUAUGAGAACGACACAUACUAUAUAUAAAUACAUAAGUACAUAUACAUACAUACAUAUACUAAAAAUACAUAUGAAUAUUUAAAAUAUUUAGUUGUAAACACAAAAGUUGAACAUAAAAAACUACAAAUUAUGCAAACCAAAUUCCUUAGAGCAAAUAAAAUACAUACAUACAUAUAAACAAAAUGUCGUAACGAAAAAGAAGCAAACAUUACUCGAAUUAUUAAAAAAUCUAAUGACUAGUUUGUAUAUGCAAUGAUUUGAAUGAUUUGAAUGGCAACAAAAACAAAAACAUGAAACAAAUACAAAAAAAGAAAAGACUUGUUAAAUUGUAAACGGUUUGUGUAAGGCGUAAGUUGAAAGGAGCAAACGAAAGCAUAAGUCAAUCAUAAUUUGUAAAACACACAAAACAAGAAGAAGAGUCAAAAACAAAAUACGAAGUCUGCCAGCAAUUAUACGAAGCCCAAUGUGGGUGGAGUGAUACUGCAAAUAGUUGAACGCAUAUUAAAAAUUUGUUAAAAAUAAUAUACAAAGCAACAAAAACAAAAAAGAAAAACGCUAGCAAUAAAUUACAACUGCUAGUAUGCAGAAUUUCUGCAGGCAAUUAUGCGCACAGGCUUAAAAAUACAGUUAUUUAUGGAAAUUGCAACUGCAGUACAGUGUGAGAUACUCUUUGAAGCAAGCAAACAGAAAAAGCAUUAAAAAAAUUAAUAAAAAUCAAUUUUAUAAUUUUCUGCGCAUUAUUUAUUGUACGCAAGCAUAAAGCAGUAACAAAUAAAUAUCAUAAUUGUAACAACAAGUUAUUGAGAACGCUGUCUGAAAAAUUCAAUCAGUUGUAGACUUAACACUUACGUGGAACGGCAUUUUAGACAUAACCACCUUACAAAGCCGAAUCAACUUUAGCAGCAAGCCAAAAAACUAAAAAUAAAUUAAAUAAUUAAUACAUAUAAGGUGAUAUAAAUUGACAAAAAGCUAUUUUGUAAUAUGUAAAGUAAAAGUUACGCAAAAAAAUAAAAUAAAAACAAAAACAAAUAGGAGUAAUUCAAUUAAUAGCAAACGCUUCACCCAUUACUAUGUUUUUAUACUCUUCUUUAAUAAAUUAAAAA